AUGGUGGCUGAACUGACUGACAUUCCCGUUGCAAACGCGGAACGAAAUACAUCAACAGCUGAUUCGGAACAGCUUAGGUCCGCUGUUAAACCAAAGAACAGACCGAAGUGGAUUCAAGCUGCUACUAGAGAGCCGAUUUACAGUAUUUUGGAUAGCAACGAGGAGGUGAUCGGUAAUAACUUAUCAACUAGUUUAAAAAGCAACGUGGUAGUGAUAAGCGCUGUGAAAAGUGAAAAGACAAGGAAAAACGACGUAGAAGUAGCUCGAAUCGAGCAGAGAGAGCUUCCUUAUAUUUGGCUGCCGACGGGAAGCAAAUUAACGUCUCAAGACUCGACUAUACUCGAAGUAGAAGAUGAAGAUCCACUCUAUAGCGUGGUAAAAAAGCCUAAAAAGCUUCAGUUACCCGAAACGAGUUUUCUCGAGAGGAAGCUUCAACCGAUCAAAGAACAAUCAUUGGAAGAAAGGCAAGCACAGAUAGAGAUUUGUUCGCGUCAAGAGGAGCUUCGCCGGUGGUUACAGGUCGCAUCGAGACAGCUACCGGAACCACGACAUCUCUUCAGUCUUGGAGAAAUGUACACGAACCGCUUGGGGGAAUUUGAUCAGUUGCAAGCGGAUUGGAAGAGGACCGUAGCGGUACCCCGAGGGAUCGUUGGUCUGGUAGGACCUUACCGAGUUUAUCAAAACCCGAAUGAAAGAAGAGAGUACAUGCUCCAGGAGGAGGAGCUGGUCGAGGAAGUGGUCGAUUCGGUUAGUGAAAUCGUCUCGCGCGAGAACAACGGGGCCACCGAACACCAUCAAAGAGCUAAAUGGCGGAUAAGAGAAGACGACGAGGAGACUCUGGUGCCUGACAUUCGGAAUAUUCCUGGUCUCGAAGGAUUCGCUAUGGAAGCGAACAACAAAGAGCUAUCCGAGUGGAAGAAAGUUGAUGAUCAAACUACGAUUGAGUACAGUAAAAACGAUGAGACAUCGAAGUCGAAGGAGGACGAAUUUAAGGGAAAUAUCGGUGGAAUCGUUUCUGGUAAUGAGGAAAGAGCUGUGGACGUACCCGAGGAAGCCUCAACGGUUUCCACGUCUUCGAUAAAGGAGAAAAGGGCCAGCAAUGAACAACACGAUAAGGACAGUCUGAACGAGACAGGAAGCACAACGGGUGGCACCGUGGAGGGUGCACCUGGGGGGGCCCCCAGCAGGGGUGAAAGGAAUCCAGAGGCCGAGGCAACGACUGCAGAAGCAUCACGAUCCGCUCCAUCUAGGUCUCUGGUCUCCAGGAUCCUUUCUAGGACACGCUCUUCAAGCGAUUUAUUGGAUCAUUCUGAACCCUUUUCUCAACUAUGGGUCGUCCUUUCGAACGUUUAUGGUCAACUUGUCGUAGUGCUGAUGAUCGCUCUAUGUUUAGCCGAGGUCAUGGAUACACCUGUGCCUUUGCUCAGUUUACAGGGCAUAUUUCUGAUGUAUCUAUAUGUGGGAAGUAUAGCGGUGAUCAUCAGUAUCUAUAUUUGGGUAUUGGUAGACAGUUGUGGAAGCCUCGGUACCGGUGCAACCGGGGUCGACGACGCGGAACUCGGUGGAACAUCCUUAACCAGGUUUGGAUCUUUGAAACGCGCUCACAUCUCGCGAUCUAGAACGGCACCAACAAGUUUUUACAUUCGGGUUGGAGCACUCCUCUUCGGCUUGGCGACCCUGGUCUUCAACGGUUUAGAAAUGGCAAUGCACUCUAUGAUGCAAGGUGCAGAAUGUUUGAGUGAUGUCGUCUUCGUACAUCCAGUGCUUCAUGGGCUAUUCACAUUUCUUCAGAUGCACUUUCUCUUCGUGAACUCGCAGGUUCUUGUGGAGAGAUUUGGUUUGGCAGCAAGAUUCGGAUUCAUUCAUUUAACUGCCACAAAUAUUGCUGUUUGGGUUCGAUUAGUGAUUUGGGAUUCUGCUCAAGAAUGGACAUAUUUUGUUCACUUAGCGCAACGAGGUCUGCACAAUUCUGUUUCUCCACUAAAUCUUAGAGGAUUUCCAGAGUCUUUGAUAAGACAUUCUCGAGAUUUAUUAGAUCAUUCUUCAGUAGAGAAGCACGUUUUUCAACCAUAUCAACCUAUUUCGAAUGAGCAAAUCUCACAAGUAAUUGCUUUACAAGAAUGCUUAAAUACCAACACUCUUGGGCAGUUAUGGACGUCAAGCAUGCCAUUUCUCUAUCCGUUCAUUGUGCAAUUUAGUUUAAUUGCCGCUGCAGUGACUUUUGUAAUGGGUCAGAACGUUGGUCGCAAUCGGUUGUUACACAAGCAAAAGUUUCACGGCAGUAAAGAUAUAACAAGUCACACCAAAGUUGGGUGCGAUGGAUCUAGUAAAGGUUUAUUCCUCGGCAUAUUGUGCAUGGUCGCUGGCAUAGUAGUCAUAUUAAUAUUCCUGGUCGUAAGAGAAGACGAACAUUUUCCCUCUUCAACUUUGUCCUGGUUAACCUGUGGUACCUUAACUAGCAUCUUGACUUUGAGCACUUUAAUGACGGCUAGUGGACUCGUACAAGUUCGUCAGAUGUCUGUUGUGACCAGAGCGCCAGCUACUUUAGAUACUUUGCUAUCAAACGUGGCUCUUUUUGGAGUUCAAUUAUACUCUAUUUUCACAAUUGUAGUUUGUGCUUGUUCCUUGACAAUUCUGGAAGACGAAAGCGACGAAACGCGUGGAAGACAUAUCAUGUUACUCACAGCAUCGAUUUUACAAUUAAUCCAAUGUUUCGCUCAAAGUACAUUAAUUGCCGAAGCAUCGAAGAGAUCUUGUAUAACUCGUUUUCAAAUAAUAGCGAAACCAGCCAGACAGGUGAUCACUUUUCUGCUGUUCAGUAAUUCCGUUUUAUGGGCUUUCGACACUGUGAUCACACAAAAUUGGAUCUCGCAAGAGUUGCAACUAAGAUUUUUCGGUGUACUUGCCUGGGGCGUUUUAUCCAGGAUCGGUCUGCCUUUGUUAAUAUUUUACCGAUUUCAUAGUUGUGUACUGCUGUUGGAAGCAUGGAAUAAAUGUUAUAGAAUGCCAAGGGGAGAACAUCCGCUCAACUGACGAUACAGAACGUUACACCCAUGUUCCUCUAGAUUGCAGUCGAGAUCGCACCGCUCUUAUUGCCGCAG